AUGAAUACCAUUGCUCGGCGUCUGCUUUCGUUGUCAGCAAAAAGAUUGCAAUCAAGAGAAGCAUUACUGGAAAAAUAUGAUCCUGUGCAGGUUGGAUAUUUGUCAGAGCAAUGUAUUGCUGUGGACGAAAAUGACAACGUUGUCGGAGGUGUGGCAAAAGGGGAUGCGCAUCGAGCUGAUACAUUGGGUCUUCACCGAGCCUUCAGUCUUUUCGCCUUCACACCCGAAAAGAAGUUGAUAUUGCAAAAGAGAAGCGCGGAAAAAAUCACAUUUCCUUUAUUAUGGGCCAACACAUGCUGUAGCCAUCCGCUUUUCACUAAUGUCGAGCUCAAUGGUGGUCCAGGUGCUGUCGCAGCGGCAGUGAGGAAAGUUGAGCAUGAACUGGGUGUGAUCGAUUUGAGGCCAGAAGAGUGUCGCGUGAUGGGACGGUUUCUUUACAAGGCUGUUAUGGAAGACUCGUUGUGGGGAGAGCAUGAACUUGAUUAUGUUGUGAUUACGCGUGGAUUAUCGCAUAGUCGACUCAAUCCGAAUUCAUCUGAAGUAAGCGAUGUCAGAAUAGUUGACGAGAAGGAACUGGCGGAAUGGGUAGCGGAAGAGCCGUCAUCAUUCUCUCCGUGGUUUCUUCUGUUCUAUCGUUUGCGACAUUUAUCAGAGUGGUGGUCGAAACUCGAUCGGAUAGAUUCCUAUCCUGUCGAUAUGAACAUUGUACGAAUGAAUUGA